UUCCCUUUAGUCACCAGUUCAGCUGAACUUUCUUUUAUAGCGAAAACAAAACAAAGACUAUUUAAGUAAACUUUUAGAAGAAACACCCCCAACGCUCACUUCUUAGAGUCGAUCAUGGGCGCCGCCGUACUUCCAAUAUUGUUCUUCACCGCUCUAUGGGCCGCCGUUGGCAUUGGCGGACCCAUAAUGACACCGCGCGGUCCACAACAAAAGCUGAUUCAGUGCAUUCUUAUGCUGACAGCUGGCUGCUGCUGGCUCUUUUGGCUUUGCUGUUAUUUGGCACAAAUGAAUCCACUGAUUGGACCCAGAUUGAACAGGCAAUUUUUGGCUUUAAUCGCCAGGGCAUGGGAUGGUGGUCUGAAGGAUGCCUAAGAGUGCGUAUGCGCAGGCGGCUUACAACCGAGACAAUCAAUUAUGAAGCCUUACUUAACCGUAUUAAUCUCCUAUGUGCAAAUCUCCGUUAGUCAAGCCACUCUGUAUACUGUAUACACACUACAAUAAUGAUAUAUGUAUGUAAUUUUAUUGUUAAAAUUGUUAAAUAGCUUUGUGCAUUCCCGUGC